AUGUUAAUCAAAUCUAUUAUGAAUCUUUCAGUUCAACCAAACAAUAAUAGCGAUAAGUUGAAUUCCUCUUUUAAUCAAUCAAUAAAUAGCGCAACUAAUCAAACCAAUACUCAAUUAACUAAAACUCCAUGGACACAAGCUUUUUGGACAUGUUGGUAA